GGAGCCCAAAGAAGAAGGAGGAGGAGCGCUGUCAUGGCGGCCAAGGUGGUGAUGGUGGCCGUCCCGACGGUGCUGGGAAUAGCCUCCAUCCGUGUGUACACCGUGAAUGAAGUGCCCGCUGAUGGGCUGGUUACUCGAGAACGGCUCAACGUCUACACACCGCUACCGCAGUCACCUCAGGUUAGGUUUGUUCCAGAGAGUCCAGGUGUGAUUGAGAGUGGGUUAACCACUGCCAGAGAGGGCGUGCUACCAUUCGUCCGGGCUGUAAAGGGUGCCUGUGUCUCUGUGAAAAGGGGAGGUGUUAAUCUCUACCACACAGGACAGGAUGUAUUCUAUUACUUGAAAGACCCUCCCCCGGGUUUUCUGCCCAGAUUUGGCACCAUCACCAUGGCUGGCCUGCUUGGCAUGUUCUUGGCACGGAAAGGCUCUCGUUUCAAGAGGGUAGCGGUUCCACUGGGCCUGAUGAGCGCAGGAGCGUCAGUGUGCUACCCGGCCCAGACUGUGGCUGUAUUUAAGGUGACAGGUAAGAAGGUGUACGCUGCAGGGAAGUGGAGCGGCGCUGCAGUGUCCUCACUGUUUACCUCCAAGGAACCUGUUGCCAAAGAGAUUGUCGCUUCACAGCCACAGUCAGCUACGGUACCAAAUCCAGAGCCUGCAGUGGCUGAGGAGGCCUCAGACCCCAGUUCCCCUACAGAGACGCCAGCAAAGAGCCCCACCAUCCCAGACAUCGAGGUGGAAUCAGCUGAGGCUGUUCCUAUCUCUGAAGAACCCGUAGUCGCUGUCACAACAGAGGAAGAGUCAUCAGUAAUAUCCCCCGACCAGGCCCCAACAGAGACAAGCACAGAUCCUUUGGCAAAUUCUGUGCCAUCAGAGACGGAGGCCGCUCCUCCCUCUGAAGCGUCACCAGCCCCCGUUGAAAGCGCGGAAGCGUCCGAUGCAAAACAAGCAGCUGAGGACGUCUCCGCUGUCCCAAGCCCGGCCGAACCCACACCGAGCUCCGAGCCGGAGACGAUAGAGGUCGUUCCAGUCGAGUCUGUUUCAGCUGAACCUGCUCCAGUCGAGUCAGCUCCAGUUGAACCUGUUUCAGUCGAGUCUGUUCCAGUUGAGUCCGUUCCAGUCGAGUCCGUUCCAGUCGAAUCUGUUCCAGUCGAGUCUGCUCCUUCCUUUGAAGAACCAUCUGCUCCGAAGGCCUCAGACGAGCCAGCAGUGCCAGUUGUUGAAUCAGCUGAGCCCAGACCUGCUGCUGAACCUGCUGUGGAGGAGACACCAACCCCGACGCUCCCACCACCACUACCACCACUACCACUGCCACCUCUCGAACAGCCUGCCGCGGAGAACAGCAAAGAGGGCUCUGGUUUCAAGCCAGACCCUUCUCUCAUGGACUUCGGCCAGUCUAACCCUGAGGAUGAGGACUUGUACAGCACACGCAGCUGAGAGACCACAGGAAGAAACCUCAUUCCCCACACUGCCAUCUUCUAUCUGAUCCAAAUCGACAAACACUCUGUAUCAUUAUGCAGCGUAAAUAGGCCAUUUUGGAAGCAAACGCAGUUAGAAAGACUUUAAUCAACAUUUCCAUUCUCAUUUCAUCUGCCCACCUCAGUUCCAGUUCCACAGAAAACAUCCAAGUUCAUUUGCAUUGCAGCAGCGGCGCAAUGAAUUCCGGUACACAAAAACCGAAUCGGUUUGCGUGGGACAGAAACCUGGAGAAAAAAAAAUAAACGACACCCACAAGCCUUUUAAAUCACAAAUGGCAGAUUGUGAAAUUUUCUCUGUGUCAUUGAACAAUUCCUGGCUUUUUUUCAGCUACAGCUUCACAGUCAUGAAUGCAUGGUGCUUUUAUUUAUUGUAAUUUAGCCCAGUGCGUUGUAAGUUCUGCACAUGUGCUGAUAAUGAUUGCAAGAUGGGACUAGCGCUGAUCCGUUUUGUUACAUCGGAAAUUGUCUUCACUUGUUGAGUUAGGAACUCUAAAUAAAUCUAUAUUUUUCAAGAAUUAA